UAACUUCCCUCUCUGCACGCUGCACGCUGCGCCCUGCCUGCCCUGCACCCUAUACGACUGACUGCACUCCGGACUGCCCUUCCUCCCACCCCUUCAUCUCGCUGCUUGAAUUCACCGUUACUGUAGCCUACAAUUAUUUUUUGGUCCUUCUUCAACACCUCAUCUAUCCUGUAUCCUAUCUCUCUGGCCUUUAAGCCGCAUCACGUUCUUUGUGCGUCGUGCCGGUUGUUCAGUGCUCCGCAUCCCCCCAAGUCACACGUCACUCAUCUUGUCCAACCACAGAUUUCCCCCCAGAGUCGCGCGCCCGACAACCACCACGUCCUCGCACCACCCGCCAUCCCAACCGACCAACUGAGGUCUAUCUGUGCUGUUUCAUCCAGACUCAACCAUUGCACCUUGGGCCCCUAUUUCCCCGCCGAGUCUGUGAGAGCUUCUCUGCACCGCAGUUGCGCAACCUCCCGAAAUCACGCAGCCUGCCGUCCAAUUGCGCCAUCUCCACUCCUACGAUUUGUGCCCGGUCGCCUGCUACCUGUUGACUCAAGCCAUCCAUUCAUCGGUCGUUGUCACCUUUCCAUCUCAGUCGUUCGCUUCAUCCCGAGCAAUCCAUGGGCCACCACAACCCCUUGGACCCUUCUCUUCAACGUAGAAGAUAGCCUCCGAAGCAACCUCACCUCACCUGACCAUCCACCACUGGCCCUGUUGACCGAAGUAGGUGGAGGAGGCGAAGGGAGAACAUGGCGUCCACAACCCCUCAAUCAUCCACUCCCAGGAGGUCGAGGGAGUCGGAGCGGAUAGGCAGCUUUCAGCGUCAUGAAGAGAUUGGUCGAGGCAGUUUUGCAACGGUCUACAAGGCCAUCCACACGACCAGUUCGGGGGUCCAGAGCAUCGUGGCAAUCAAGUCUGUCAAUAUGUCCAAGUUGAACAAGAAGCUGAAGGACAACCUGACGUCGGAGAUCUCGAUCCUCAAAGGCCUCCAUCAUCCCCAUAUCGUAGCCCUCAUCGACUGCAAAGAAUCGAGUGCUCACAUACAUUUGGUCAUGGAGUAUGUUGCUCUGGGUGAUCUUUCCCACUUUAUCAAGAGACGAAAUGAGAUCAAGGACAGUGACUUGGUCGGAAACAUGAUGGUCAAAUAUCCCAACCCUCGAUACGGCGGCCUUCACGAGGUGGUGGUCCGACACUUCCUAAAACAGCUCGCCAGUGCUUUGCAGUUCUUGCGAGCUAAAAAUCUCAUUCAUCGAGAUGUCAAACCCCAGAAUCUCCUACUGAACCCGUCCCCUGACUACUUCGAAAAACACAAGCCACACCCCAUGCCUUAUAAAGUUGGCGACGACUCCCUGAAUCCGGUCACCGGCAUCAAAUCAUUACCUAUGCUUAAAAUUGCAGAUUUUGGGUUUGCUCGGUCACUGCCCUCGACAGCCCUGGCGGAAACACUGUGUGGUUCGCCACUCUAUAUGGCACCAGAGAUCUUACGGUACGAGAAAUAUGGCGCAAAAGCCGAUCUUUGGUCUGUGGGAACGGUGCUUUUUGAGAUGAUGACGGCACGCCCUCCUUUCCGGGCUUCCAAUCAUGUCGAGUUACUUCGAAAGAUCGAAAAGAGCGAGGACAAGAUCAAGUUUGGGGAUGAAUACAUUAUCACCGAGGAGAUGAAGAAGCUCAUCCGGUCACUCCUUAAGAGAGAUCCCGAGGAGAGACUUUCGUUUCCCGAUUUCUUCAGCAACGAGAUCGUGGCAGGCCCCAUUCCUGGGUUGCACCCUGAGGAUAUGCCCCAAGAUCCCGUUCAACCCCAAAACGACCGUCGGCGGAACAGUCGAACUGAUCCUGUAGGGCUUGUCCGUCCAGGCUCCAGAAAGGAACCCGAAAGUCCUUAUAUUGAUUCUUCCAAGACCACAUCGGAAGAAAAUAUACCACGGCGAUAUAGUCGGCCGUUAUCCGGCACAAAGGAUCAAAUCAUCACGCAAAGAAUCACAAAUGAAGAGCUUCAAGCUACUCUGGCGUCACCCACCAGUCCAGCUGAAUGCCGUCCUGCUCUUCAUCCUCACGCCACCGCACCAGCAAGGCAAGAACUCAUUCUGCGUCCCUCGUCGGCUCCAAUGACCCGUCAGACAAGCACAGGCUCGCACAAAUUACCCCCUUCCUCGUUGCGUGGCCAAGUCUACGAUGAAGACCAGGAAGCCACCCUGCGCAAGGAACAGGAGGAAAAGGAGCGGGAGCGGGUCGCGCAGGAUAUUGCCUUUGAGCGAGACUACGUCCUGGUGGAGAAGAAGGCGGUGGAGGUCAACGCACUGGCAGAUGAGCUUGAAGCCAGUCCACGAUUGAACAGGAAUUCUCUCCAGACUGCCAUGUCCCCCAAGUCUGGAGCCAUGGUCCGCAGAGCCACAACACAGGGCGCGCCUGGCUCGGCUACGGGCGCUCAGACGAGCGCUUCUCGUGCUGUCCAGAUUGCCUCAGGGAGGAGACCAGAGUCACUUCAUCAACGGCAAAACUCCUACGAACGACGAUACGGCCCCAGCCCUAGCUCGGCAACUUCUGCGAUAUCAAAAGCUCUCAAUAUGGCGAGCGGCCGGCUGUUCGGAGUUGGAUUCUCUCCUCCCGUGAACCUGAUUCGCGGCGGCAAAUCUCCCCCAAUCACCUAUAGCCCAUUUCCUACAUAUCCUGGAGCACAGAGCAGCUUGGUCGUGAUCGGGGAUUCUAAGGGAACACCAGCCGCCGACGAAGACACGAAAUAUGUCCAGAAUGUGGAGGAAAUUGCCACGAGAAGCGACGUUGUGUAUGGCUUUGCUGAGGUCAAGUAUAAACAAUUGAUUCCUGCCGGCCCAUCACACCCAGGGCUUGGUUUGCGCAACGCAUCCGGGGAUAACGCCACCGGGGGACCAUUUGGGGCCUCUAAUGAAGAUCUCACCAUUGAAGCAGUCGUGGUCGUCGCGGAAGAAGCCUUGGUGCUCUAUGUCAAGGCAUUGGCUUUGCUCGCUAAAGGCAUGGACAUUGCAGCACGUUGGUGGGCGCGCAAGAAUCGGGCUGAGGCUACUAGCGAUAAUGUCACAUAUCGGUCCAACGCAAACUCGGCUGCUGCAGGGCAGAGGAUGAACAACGUCGUGCAAUGGAUACGGAAUCGCUUCAACGAAGUUCUCGAAAAGGCAGACCUGGUUCGUCUCAAACUCAUCGAUAGCCAGCGACGUUUGCCGGAAGAUCAUCCCAGUCAUCCGAACAAUAUUUCGUCCACAACUGCGUCGAGCGCCGGCUUAGGGACCUCGGCAGACCAGGUGGUUGUAAGCUCUGGUAUCACCGCCGAGAAGCUCAUGUAUGACCGAGCCUUGGAAAUGAGUCGAGCCGCCGCCAUCAAUGAGUUGACCAAUGAAGACUUGGCCGGGUGCGAAAUCUCGUAUGUGACAGCCAUCCGGAUGUUAGAAGCUGUUCUGGAGAACGAUGACGACAACCUGUCCAGGAACGGCAGUGGGACUAGCGACCAAGAUGAGAAAGAGGAUCUGGCUCCGAUCAAUGGAUUGGAAGCUGAGGACAGGAGGACUGUGAAAAAUUUGGUAGCGAGCAUUCGCCAACGGCUGACCAUCAUUCGGAGAAAGCUUCAAGUCAUUCAGAAGCGUGCAUCGGCACCGGCCGUUGCGUCUCCAACGAGAGCAUCUCCUCCUAUUCCACACCGUGGUAGCCACCCCAAUCCAGGGACCGCCGCUACACCUCCACGAUCAUAACCUAAUCGGGAUUCACGAAAUCAUGAAUACGUCUUUGGAGCGCUUGUUUAAAAUGAACCCGGCAACGGGGCUUGCAGAGCCAUCGUGACGGGGACAUGGUUUGGCGUAUACUUGGGCGUCUGUUUGAACUUCUCAGCCAUCAGAGAGACCUCUCAACACUUGAACCUUGUGGGUGUGGUCUCUCUUGGCUUGUAAUUAUCCUACUUGUGUUAUUUUUUUUUCCUACUCAUUUCUCGUUUUCCAAAUGUCCUCGGGCUGAGGCGAUGGUGGCAAUCAUUCUUGAACAGCGUUCGGCAACACGGAUGUGGCAUAUAUUGGCGUUUUAUACACUUUCCCCAAAUCGAACUCGGAUGAAUUGAGCAAGCUCACUCGGGCUUACGUGCAUGGGGCAGGAGGUGGUCGAGCUUUGAUCCGUCCCAGGGAGAUUUUGGACAACGGAAUGGAACAAGAUACCCGCUCACGACACGCAGAUCACGGACGACUUGAACUUUGAAGAAAAUGCGAUGAAGGCUGGCGCGAUGGUUCAAAGAAUUUCGAACGAGUUUUAUGUGGGGAUGGGAACAGGCAGGGGUUUCUGUGCGGGCGUGGGUAAUCUGGUCAUGUGUGUAUACCGGGCACUUCUGCGUUAUACUCUCCACGGUGAAAGGAAUCUAUACGGAAAGCGGCCACGAGCAUGGGCAGGAUGCCCAAGUGCUCCUUGUCUAUACGAACUGGUGGCAUCGGCUUUUUGGUGGUGGUCAUCGUGAUAUCACCGAGACAGAGCAACGAUGGCUCCAAGCUAAGAGAUCGUGAUCAAAAUCUUCAGUAUAGAGAAAAAAAGACGCCCGUGGUUUUCCCCUCUCCAAUCGUUU